AUGCGGUUGAAGCUUUUCCGAACUACCAACAAUGAUAACGUGGCCAGUCUUGUAGAAGAUGACAAAUACCCCACUACCACAACAUCCUUUUAUCAUGAACAAAACCGUGCAUUGACUGAACCAAGAAGACAUAUCAAAUCUCCAAUUGCAUCCAGCACACCAUUUUCUUCAACAGGCUCCGGCAGAAAACAACAACGACGAAGGCGCCUUUCCUUGGUGAUGCAUAUGUUUGAAGAGAACAGCAAUGUCAAAGAGGCUGAUGAAAGAUCGAUUACUCCUCGAGCACCAACGGAUGACGAAUAUCAUAAUGAAAUGCGACAAUCGGCAGGGUUAUGGUCAUCCAAAUCGUACAGCAAUAUGAGAACGACACAAUCCAACAUAGAGAAAUGUGACAGCUGGUCCUCGCUGCUCUCGGAAACUGAAAGCCAAUUGUCCACGAGUAGUAGCAGCAGCGUUUAUGAAUGCGCAAAGGAGGGAUCUAGCCUAUUGAAUACUGCAUCUCAGUGUCAUAUCACUGCCUUGAGUCCGCCUCCUAGACCAAACGCUUCCAGUGGCAAAGAAAAACAUACUAUACCCAAUCCUACUCAACACGACGCUUGUGAAUACUUGACUACUAUGCCAACGUCAUCUAAUGGUAGCAGCAACAAGAGUAAGAUGGAUAUUUUAAUGGAAGAAAAUCGACGGCUUAGAGAAGCGAAUACACGCAUUCAACAAAUGCAGCAUGAAGACAAGCUAAGUAACAGUAAGUCUAUGGCUGCAGCAUACCAGGAAAUCAAAUAUUUGCGACGUGUUAUUUCAUGCACACGCAUCAUGACCAACACUGGCAGUACAACGACCCAAGUGAGGCGAAGGCGGCAUUCCACCGAUUGUAUGGAUAAAGCUGGUGAACCCAAGCAAGGAUUUGCCGCUCUUGCUUUUGCAGACUCAGCCCGCUGUAGCAUCACGUCAACACAACCAUCGUCUGUCAAUCUGUCAUAUGAACGAAAACUCAAGAUAUUACUCGAUGAGAUCGAAGCUAUGCAAACUGAAGAUGAUCAUCUUCAAGCUCAGCGACUCGAACUAGAGCGGAAGAAUAUCCAAUUGAAGCACUCCUUAGAAAACAGCCAAGAAACAAUUCGCCAACUCCAGCAUGAGCUGCGUCUCGCUCGCGCAUAA